CUCUUACUCUCGAUGUUCUCGAUGUUGCUCUCGAAGCUCUUACUCUCGAUGUUCUCAAUAUUGCUCUCGAAGCUCUUACUCUCGAUGUUCUCGAUGUUGCUCUCGAAGCUCUUACUCUCGAUGUUCUCAAUGUUGCUCUCGAAGCUCUUAGCCUCAACGGACUCGACACCCUUGCUGGUCUGGCCUAA